GGCAAGCGCUGGAUGCACUGAUUGCAAAAGGCAAGCGAGGUUACCAAAUGGCUCUCAACCCCCCCACCCCAGGAACUACGAGGGCAGGCUUCCCAGGCCGAGAGCCAGCGCAGGGGAGAAAGGCAGGUGGCUCCUGUGGCCAGCAAUGGGCACCUCCAUCCGUGCCACUUUCCCCUUUGCACUGAGCAGACGCCUGGCCCCAGACUCACAGGCCCAAAUAUCUUGCUCAACCCCCCUGCCGGCUUGACGACAGGCUCCGGCCCAGAGAGAGCCGGGACGGAAAGGCCCCAGCUCCCCCACGGCUGGACAGAUCUCUCCGCUAACUCUGCCCAGAACCCCCCCGCCCAGCCUCCUCAGCCAGGCACAGCUCAGGAACAGGCGUGGGUGGCUCUGGGUGGUAUCCGGUUCCAUGGAGCCGGGGCUGGGUCCUUGGCAAGGGUUCAGGUGAGCCGGCUGUGCAAACAAAGGCCAGGACCAGGCCUUUGCCUAGCCCCACCUUCCUGGGGCAGAGGGAAGCUGGUAGAGGUGGGGGUGGCUAAGCCCUACCCGGCCCCUCCUCUGCUCCUGGCUAUAAAUUCCAGUCUGCAUCCAGUCCAGCCCUGCACAGACUGAGACCUUACCACUGCUGCAAACUCUUCUCUCUGUCCGUCCCCACCUGCUGGCAGCACCAUGAGUUUCUCCAGAUCCACCACCUACUCCAGCAGCGUGAGAGGUCCGAGCAGCAUGGGCAGGAGGUAUGCCCCAACCACCAGUGCUGCCAGCGUCUACGCCGGGGCGGGGGGCUCUGGCUCGAGGAUCUCCGUGGCCAGGGCCACCAGCCUGGUCUCCAGCUUCCCGGGCAGCAGCUCUGGAGGCAGUUACAGCAGCUCCCUGUUGGGCUCCGGGGUGGUGCAGAACGAGAAGGAAACCAUGCAGGAUCUGAACGAUCGCCUGGCCUCCUACCUGGAGAGGGUGCGCAGCCUGGAAGCCGACAACCACAAGCUAGAGCUUCAGAUCCGGGAGUUCAUGGACAAGAAGGGCCCCAGGUCCCAGGACUGGAGCCACUACUUCCAGAUCAUCGAGGACCUGAGGAACCAGAUCUUCGAGAGCACCGUGGGAAAUGCCCGUGUCGUCCUGCAGAUUGACAACGCCCGCCUGGCCGCUGAUGAUUUCCGGGUCAAGUUCGAGUCGGAGCUGGCCAUCCGCCAGUCUGUGGAGAGCGACAUCAACGGGCUGCGAAAGGUCCUUGAUGACACCAACAUGAGCCGACUGCAGCUGGAGGGCGAAAUUGAGUCCCUCAAGGAGGAGUUGAUCUUCAUGAAGAAGAACCACCAGGAUGAGGUGGACAGCUUUCAGGCCCAGAUCUCCAGCUCGGGGCUGACGGUGGAAGUGGAUGCUGCUCAGCCUCAGGACUUGAGCAAGGUCAUGGCGGAGAUCCGGGCUCAGUACGACACCCUGGCGCAGAAGAACAUGGCGGACCUGGACCAGCAAUGGAACCAGAUGAUCACCCAGAGCACCGUGGAGAUCACCAAGAACACAAAGGAGAUCGAGGUGGCCCGCAGCAGUGUCUCCGAGCUGCGCCGCACCUACCAGAUGCUGGAGAUCGAGCUGGAGUCCCUGCGCAACCUGAAAGCCAGCCUGGAAGCAAACCUGCGGGACGUGGAGCAGCACUACGCCAUGCAGAUGGAGCAUCUGAACGGGCAGCUCCUGCGGGCCGAGGCGGAGCUGGCUCAGGUACGCAACGACAUCCAGCGCCAGUCUGAGGACUACCAGGCCCUGCUGAACAUCAAGGACAAGCUGGAGGUGGAAAUCACUACCUACAAGCAGCUGUUGGAGGGCGAAGAGGAGUUCAACCUGAACGACGCUCUGGUGGACAGCAGCAGCACCACGCAGACCACCCAGCAGGUCAUCACCACGACCAAGACGUUGGUGGACGGCAAAGUGGUGUCGGAGACCAGCGAGUCCCAAGUGCUCAAGAACUGAGAAGACACACCCCGUGGUCCCUGCUUCUUUCCCUUAGCAUCUGGUGUUGCGAUGCCCUGCUUUGCCUCCCUCCACCCACUUGCUUGGUCAGCGGAGCUCAAUAAAAUACACAGUUGGCCUCAGAGCAGGCUGCUUCUCUUGGGCUUCUGGAGGCCUUUGGGGGAGGGGAGAGGUGGGGGAUCUUGGCUGAGCCCUGAGUUCCCUGCUAAUGCGGGUGUAAAGUGGCCCCCUGCCCAAGGUGCUCAGAGCACUCCCCAUGCUGCCGCAUGGCACCCUGGUCAUGUAGGGUCAUAGCCCUAUGUCUCCGAUAUACAGAUGGGAAAACGGAGGCACGUGGCAGAUAAAACAACUUGCCCAAAGUCACAGAGCCAGUCACUGGUCUAACCACUCCCCCAAACUUUCCCUAGCAAGGAGGAGGACCCAGGAGUCCUGAAUCCCAGCCACUCCCCAUUCCUGUUCUAACCAUCAGACUGCACUCCCCACCCAGAACCCAGGAAUCCCGAUUCCCAGCCCCCCCGCCCUGCCCACUCUAAUCAUUAGACAGCACUCCCUCCCAGGGCCAGGGAGAGAACCCAUGAGUCCUGACUCCCUCUCCACCCCUCCUCCUGCAACCAUUAGACUGCACUUCCCUCCCAGAGUCAGGAAUAGAACCCAGGAGUCCUGAUUCCUAGCCCCACCCUGCUCUAACCAUUAGACCACAUUUUUUCCCAGAGCCAGAGAUAGAAUCCAGAAGUCCUGACUUCCACUCCCACCGCCCCACCCCCAUAAUCACUAGCAUGCACUCCCCUUAGUCAGGAAAAGAACCCA